AUUAACCUAUAGCUCUUCAGCGCUUCUUAUGUAAAAUUCUUCUAAGUAUAAUUUCCAAUAACCGUAAAUUAUACCAUACCCAGACUAUGGUAUAAUUUUCAGUGAAGGAGUAAGUGUUUCUGGGCGGAGCUAUAGGUUAAAACAGAUACACCAUUGGUGCGUUGGCGAUUUCUGGGUUUGCGUAAAUUAUACCAUAAUCACGUGACCUUUCUUAUGCAACCUCACUCGACUUCGUCUCGUGAGGUCAAGGCAUAAGAAAGGUCACGUGAUUAUGGUAUAAUUUACGCAAACCCAGAAAUCGUCAACGCAGCAAUGGUAUAUCUAUUACUUACCGGAUUUCUAAACAUUCAGUAACAGUCAUAACAAAUAUAUUACAUGAGUUUGAUUUAAAAAUGGAUUUAACUAAAGCCAAUAAGAAUUUAUUUGUUGUAUUUGUUGUAUUCAUCAUUUUCACAGGAUUUACCUUAGUCGAGCUAUAUCUUUUAGAAAAUAUGGCACUUGGAAAGCAGGCCUAUCAGUCAAGCACCCUUUAUGGUGGUGUAGCAGGUAGAGCUGUGGACGGAAUCUUGUCACAAGAUUCGACAGAUAACUCCUGUUUUCGCACGGAAUUUGAAACCAAUGCCUACUGGGAAGUGGACUUGGGAGAAAUGGUUUUCAUUGAUCACGUCACUAUAUACCCUAGAGAAAACUUUGGUGAUUUUUAUUCUGAAAUACGUAUUCGCGAUAUUGAGCUCUACAUUGGUCCCAGCAGAAACGAAUACGCACAGUAUGGAUUUUAUGAAGGUGCUCUACCAAAAGGUCUCAUUCAUACGUUUAAUCUGACCAACACAGUACUUGGACAAUGGGUGGGAUUAACAAGAUCAGAGACGGUAGUAGAACACUUUGAACUUUGUGAGGUUGAGGUAUAUGCAUACCCUUCCGCAUGUCACUACAGAUUGGACAAAGGACGCGCAGGUGUCAAUGCAUUGAACAUUGCUCCAAGCCCGUCUCUAUCCGUCGUCCAAUGCGCCGUGAAAUGCUGUAAAAUGUACGGCUGUUAUGGAGCAACAUUGCAUGAAGACACACACAUGUGCGAAUAUCUGACAUCGGACACUGGCGUUGAGGCAGACAACUCAUUGAUGUUGAUUCCACUUGGAUAAACUUAUUUUCCAAUUACGGAAAACCUAAUACAAAUGUACAUUUAGUUUAAAAGAAGCUACAUUAGUUAUUUGAACUUAAAGAUGGACAAAUUAAACCUUCUCUUAGCUUCACCUUAAUUUGGGCUUUAGAAAUCUUAAAUGAUUUUUUUCAAGAUUGAUCAUAAAACAAAACAUAUUAUAAAUAGUCGCUAUGGUUGCUUUUAAACUCUUCAUCGAGUACACUAAUUUUAUUUCCCAUGAGGUAUACUUAACACUAUAUUUUGAUUUGUCACGAAAUUUUAGAAGAAAGCAU